AUGAAAAAGCAUGUUGUUGUGCAGAAGCUGAUAGCCAAAUGUCAGAGUCCAUUAACACCAACUGCUACAACAGUUUUUGAGAAGAUAAAGAAUGAUGCCAUUCAUUAUAGUGUGAUUUGGACCGGAGGUUCAAAGUACCAAGUGACCACCCAUUUCAAUGACCACCAAGACCAGAGAAUUGUUAAUGUUGUUGAUAAGAGUAGCUCUUCUAGGGGAUGGGAUGUCACUGGCAUGCCAUGUAGGCAUGCAGUGGCCUGCAUAUGGAAUAUGGGGUUACAUGGAAGAGGUGAUGGUGUUCCAGAAAGAUGGGUGGAUAGGGCAUACUGGUUACAGACAUGGAAGGAUGUGUAUGCAUGUCUCAUUGACCCAACUAAUGGCAUGGACAUGUGGCUAAAAUCUGCAUGCCCAACUACAUUAGUUGCUCCAAAGUAUCAUGCCCAGCUUAGGAGACCAAAAAAGAAGAGAAAGAAGUCUGUAGUGGAAAUUGAUGAGUUGAAGGGCAAAAAGAAGCCAUUAGAAGUAGAAGUUGAAAAGUUAAGCGAACAGAUACCAACUACUGGAAAAAUACCAAGGAAGGGCAACUCGUUGACUUGUAAGCUUUGCAAGGAGAAGGGCCAUAACAAGAGAACUUGUAGAAACAAAACAUGUGUUGGUCAGUCAUAG